AUGCCUAAUGUAUGCUUACGUAAUUACAUUUUCAUAUUUCUAUUAUUAACAAAUAAAUUUUUGAAAACUUUUGAAUAUGUAGAGAGUAAACACUGGAAUAAUAUAUGCUUAAAAGAUCUAUAUGAUAAAAAUGAUAUCAAAUUAAAUAAAACAAACAAAUUGAAAUUAAAAUUUAAAAAUUUCAUGUAUUCAGAUUUAAAAAAAGAAAAGAAAAGAAAAGAAACAGUAACAAUUACACAGAAACAAAAACAAAAAUUAUAUGGUCAAACUAAUACUUAUCUUAAAAAGAGAAAUAAAAUACAACAAAUAUUUGCUCAUAUUCCAUACAACAACAAUUUUAAGAAAAUUAAUCAGGACAUAUACACAUUAAAAAAUAUUAAUUGUCAUCCAAAAAAUGGUAACAAAAAAAUAUAUCUUAAGAUUAAUAAUGCUACCCAUUUUGAAACAAUUAAAACUUUUAUUACGAAAUAUAUAAAGAACUAUAGACAUAAAAAUGAAGAAAAAACACAAAAAAAAAUAAGAAAUUCUAACAAUAUAAUACAAUAUUAUUUAUCACCAAAUAAUAAUAAUAAUAAUAAUAAUAAAGUGAAUUAUACUUAUAAUAUGCUGUUUAUUAAUCUAUUAUAUAAUAUUAUAAGUAAAAAUAUAAAUGAAAAAAAAACAAAAAAUCGAAAAAGAGAUUUCCAAAAAUAUUUAAGGAAAUAUGAAGAAUUGUACCAAAAAUUUACACCAGAAAAUGAUGAUGAAAAUGAUGAUAAUUUAAUUUCACGAAUUAAUAAAAAAAAUAUUUCUAAUAUUAUUAUUAACGAAUGGUGUUUACGUAAUAAUAAUGAAAAAUAUAAUUCUACCUUAAUGUAUGAUUAUAUAUCUAAUAUGCAUAAUACAGAAUAUCAAGAUAUAACAAGUGUAAAUAAUUUUAUAAAAAAUAAUGAAAUGAUAGAAAAAGAAACAUGGGAACAAAAACAGAAACCAUAUUUAACGUAUAAAUAUGAAUUUAAAUAUAUAGAUCCUAUAGAUCGAAAAAAUAAAUUGUAUCAAUAUGAAUAUUAUAUACCAAAAUUAAUAACAUAUGAAGAAGAUAUUUCUACUGAAUCAAAAUUUGUACCUUCUAAUUUUAAUUCACCAAAAUGUUAUAAUAAUUCACCUGUAAAUGCUUUAACGACUAGUGGAUUCAGUAGUCGUAAUAUUGAUACAUUUGGAAAAGAAAGAAAUAAAAUAUAUUCAUUCAAUACACCAACUGAUGUAAAAAGAAAUAUAUUUUUUGAUGAUCUAAUAUUAAUAUCAUCAUCUUAUAAUCAACACUUCUUUCCAAAUUUGAACUUUUUAUUAAACUUACAUACACUACAAAUUCUAAUAAGGGAUAAAACAGCUAUAGAAACGGAUUAUAUGAUAGACAAAUUUGAUCAACUAAAAGAAAGGCUAAUUCAAAUUAAUUCACCACAGUUAUUAGAUAAUAAUAAAAAUAAAAAUAAUAAUAAUAAUAAUAUAUCCAAAAUUGAUAAUAUACAAGAUAUACAAUACAAUAAGUAUCAAACGAAUAAUCAAAAUAAUAAAACUAAAGAUGAUGAAAUAAAUGAAGAAAUAUCUAGUAAUUUAACAUAUAAAAAAACCUUAUUUGAUGACAAAAUACAAUUAUUCAAAAAUAAAUAUGAUAAAAAUAUUUUGGAUGAUAAAGAUUUUGUUAAUCUAUGGAAAUAUAAUGAAAAAGGAGAAAUUGUAGAAACAAUCAAUAAAAUACCUAUACCAAAAAUUUAUUUAAAUAUUGAUGAUCCAAAAUAUCUUUCAUGGAAAAUUUUACAAAAUUCAGGAAAAACAGCUUUCAAAGAAAUUCCAACACCAAAUAGAAAACUAGAAGCAUGGAGACAACAAGUAAAUUUAAAAACAUUUUAUAAACAAAAUUUUGAUAACAGUAUAAGUUUAAGAAAUAUUUCAAAGGAAGAAUUGGUUGAUUAUAAAAUGAAAAUAUUAGAUAAUAAUUUUGAAAAAAAUGAAAAGCUUCAAAAUGAUAUAUGCGAUGAUCAUAAUAACGUAAAAUUGGAUAAUGAACAAAAUAAGGAGCAUCAUGAAGUCAAUGAGAAUAUGAAUCAUUAUAAUAGUGAUAAUAAUAAUGAUGAUAAUCAUAAUAAUAUUAAUGAUAGUUAUCAUGAUAAUAAUAAUAAUAAUAGUUAUUAUUAUGGAAGUACCCAUAAAAUGAAUGAGGAAGAUAAAAAAAUUGUUAACGAAAAUAUUAAUGUAUGUGAAAACACAAACAGGGUAGAUAAUAAUAAUGAAAUAUCUUCGAAAAAUUAUAAGGAACAUAAAAUGAAAUAUCAAGAUACAUCUAAUAGUUCAUAUAAUUUUAAUAAAGAACAAAUUGAUAAGUGCAAAAGAAAAUACAAAAAAGCUUUUUAUACCCUAGUUGUAAGAGAUGGAAUAGUAGAUGAAUAUUUAUCUGAUGACAUUAGCAUUUUAAAAAAUUUAGAUAAUGAAUUAAAAAAAAAAUCUGAAAUAAACCAAAAUAAGGAAAAUGAAAGUAAUUCACAAAGUGAUAAUAAUACACCGAAACAACAUAUUCAAGAUGAACAAGAAACUGAACAAAAAAAAAGUAAAAUAUUUGUUGGUAGCUUUUUUAAUGUAAAAGAUGUAGAAAUUGAAUAUUUAAUUAAUAAAGAAUUAUAUUUUAUACCUGAACAUUCGAAUUGGUAUAAAACAAACACACAACCAUUUAUUAGAGGGCAAAUUGGAAAACAAUCCAGAAAAUUUGAUAAUGAUUAUCCUAUUUAUGAUUAUAGAAAAAGUGAUUUUGGAAUGGCCAAAUUUUCAUCCUUAAAUUUAGCAUCUAUCAAAGAUUGUGCUGUCGUAUAUUUAGAUGAAAAUAUUGAUUUAAGUGAUAAGUUUAUUCAUAUUAUAUUUAUAGCAACCUCAAAAAAUGAAGAUAAUAAUAUUAAUAUUAAUAAUAAUAGUAGUAAUAAUAAUGAUAUAUAUGAAAAACAGUCGAAUUAUAAUGUAUAUCAAAAUAUACCAUCUAAUAACAAACAAACCAACACAAAUAAUAAUUCUGAAUAUAAUAACGAACAAAAUAAAAUUAAAGAACAACAUAAUAACCAACAUGAUAAAGAAGAAACUACUCAAAAAUGUCAUAUAGAAAAAAGUAUAUCUAGCCAUGAUAAUACAAUAGAAAAUUCUGAUAUUGAAAAAAAUGAAUGUAAAGAAAAUAAAAAAAGUAAAUAUACAGAAACCAAAUUAACAGAAUAUCAUACGCACAAUCCAAUAACAAAUCCUAGAUUAGUUGUAUAUGUAAAAGGAAAUAGCAAAAUAAAUAUAUAUGAAUCACAUAUAUCAUUAAAUAAAACUAAUAGUGGACUAGUUAAUGGAUUCUCAAGAAUUUGUUUAGAAGAAAAGUCGAAUGUAAAACAUACAUUAUCUCAAGAAUUAGGAAAUAAUGUUUGGCAUUUUCAUAAUGUAUCAGUAAAAAAUGGAUUAAAUGCAAAUUAUAAAUUCGUUGAUAUAUUACUAGGUAGCUUGUCCUCAAGAAUUAAUUUACAAAUAGAAGGAGAAAAAGGAUGUAAACAAGAAAGUUAUGGUUUAUCUUUAUUAGAAGAUAAACAAAAUAUUAGUCAAUAUGAAAUGUUUCAUCACGAACACCCAUCUAUGGAAACUAAUCAAUUAUUUAAAUACUUAGUAUCUGAUAAAGCACAUGCUGUUUGGAGAAGUAGAGGUAGAAUAGAAAGAAAUGCAAUAAAAGCAAAAUUAAAUACCUUAUGUAAAUCUAUUCUAUUGAAUUUUGGAGCUAGUGCUGUAUGUAUACCCACACUAGAAAUUAUACCAAGUGAUAUCGAAUGUGCAAAUCACGGUGCAACCAUAAGUGAUUUAGAAAAAGAACCCAUCUUCUCAUUAAUGACAAGAGGAAUAUCUGAAAAAACUGCUAGAGAAAUAAUGAUGAAUUCUUUUGUUAAAGAAAUUUUAGACCAUAUAUCCGACGAAAAUCUUAAAAAUAGGGUAUAUCAAAAGGUUUUAAAAUUUUCUCAAAAGUAUAAAAGUUCAACUUAA